CGUUCUAGCGCCUGCGGUGCCCUCCGGGACCCGACAUUUGUCAGAGAGACAGCAUUUCCUUGGCGUCAGUCAGGGUUGUCGCGCAAGAGAUAAAGUCGGAGGAGGUUAACGAACCCCUCGAACGCGCCACUGCCAGGGAGAUUGUCUUCGUCUUCUCCGAGAUGUACAGAACCAAAGUGGGCUUGAAGGACCGCCAGCAGCUGUAUAAGCUGAUCAUUAGCCAGCUGCUCUACGAUGGCUAUAUUAGCAUUGCUAAUGGCCUCAUCAACGAAAUCAAGCCGCAGUCUGUCUGUGCGCCCUCGGAGCAGCUCCUACACCUCAUCAAACUAGGAAUGGAAAACGACGAUACUGCAGUUCAGUAUGCAAUUGGUCGUUCAGAUACAGUGGCCCCUGGCACGGGGAUUGACCUAGAAUUUGAUGCCGACGUCCAAACUAUGUCCCCAGAGGCUUCAGAGUACGAAACAUGCUAUGUCACAUCCCACAAAGGCCCCUGCCGCGUAGCCACCUACAGCAGAGACGGGCAGUUAAUAGCCACCGGAUCUGCCGAUGCUUCCAUAAAGAUACUUGACACGGAAAGAAUGUUGGCCAAGAGCGCCAUGCCAAUAGAGGUCAUGAUGAAUGAGACUGCACAACAGAACAUGGAAAACCACCCAGUGAUCCGAACGCUUUAUGACCACGUGGAUGAAGUCACAUGUCUCGCUUUCCACCCAACGGAGCAAAUCCUUGCCUCUGGUUCCAGGGAUUAUACUCUGAAGUUAUUUGAUUAUUCCAAACCAUCUGCAAAAAGAGCCUUCAAGUACAUUCAGGAAGCUGAAAUGCUACGCUCUAUCUCUUUUCAUCCUUCCGGAGACUUUAUACUCGUUGGGACUCAGCAUCCUACUCUUCGGCUUUAUGAUAUCAACACGUUUCAGUGUUUUGUCUCUUGCAAUCCUCAAGAUCAACACACCGAUGCUAUAUGCUCCGUUAAUUACAAUCCCAGCGCCAACAUGUAUGUCACCGGUAGCAAGGACGGCUGCAUCAAGCUGUGGGAUGGUGUUUCAAAUCGGUGCAUCACAACCUUUGAGAAGGCGCAUGACGGUGCUGAGGUUUGUUCUGCCAUUUUCUCCAAAAAUUCCAAAUACAUUCUCUCCAGUGGAAAAGACUCCGUAGCUAAACUUUGGGAGAUAUCAACAGGACGAACACUGGUCAGAUACACAGGGGCCGGCCUGAGCGGGCGGCAGGUGCACCGGACGCAGGCCGUGUUCAACCACACCGAGGACUACGUGCUGCUGCCGGACGAGCGGACCAUCAGUCUGUGCUGCUGGGACUCCCGUACCGCCGAGCGUCGGAACCUGCUCUCCCUGGGCCACAACAACAUCGUGCGCUGCAUAGUGCACUCGCCCACCAACCCCGGCUUCAUGACAUGCAGCGACGACUUCCGAGCCCGGUUCUGGUACCGGCGAUCCACCACGGACUAGCCCACCUUCCUUGCCCGGGGUUCUUUUCUCGAGGACUGUGCCCCUGCCCCCACCGGGUCCCGUCACCAGCUUCGGUAGUAAGUCACCGCGCCAUCCGGCGGUUGUGCCGCCACCUCUCCGUCCUUGGAUUUGUACAAGAGAAUCUUUUUUUACCUUGAUGCAGAAUCAUGGUGGGAAAAGCGGGAAACGCAGAUCCGUGCGGUGGCUCUGCAUUCACUGAUUAUCACAGUGUGAUUUUCAUCGGUUUUGUAAAUACAGGACUCGCCACUUCUCUUGAAUCUCUUGACCAUUUGAGGAAAGGUAGAGUUUUAAAGUGCUUUCUAGAUCUCAAGUGGAUCUGUCGUGAGGGAUUUUCAUCCGGUGGUUCUGUCGACUUCUGUGCCUCUUCUACACACACCCUCUUUGUGUCUUUCUUUUCAGGACACAUUUUGGCAGGUAGGUGGGCCGUUUUAAGACCAGUUUAGAGAAUCCAUCAGUCCUAUCCUGAAACGAUACCAUUCUGAUAAUAAAGCUCAGAUCUGCAACUUUAGUGUUCUACCUUUUUCACGUCAAUAAAAUUAAUGGCCAGUUUUUCCCGAAGAUUUCUGGGAAAUGUAUCUUUCGUCGUACCUCCCGCGUUCUCCUUUCAUUGCCCGCAGUGCUUCUCUUCAGCAAAUAUUUCUGAUAAGGUUAUUACCAGCAGAUGGAAAGCAUAAUUGAAGAUAAAGCCAAUCUAAUCAAAAUUCAGUGAGCCCGCCGCUGCUCUCCGACCAUAGCUUAUUUCACAGAUGAUUACUAUUGAUUGACUUUGUUCUUACAUAAUUUUAAAUCUUAUUUUUCAGUUCUCUUCAGCAUGAAUCGUUCACUACUCGUCGUGGAUGCACGUGGCAACUAUGUUCUUGGAAGAUUUUUGCAAUUAAAUCUUGAUCGAGGUUUUUCUUGAAACUUUCUAAUUUAGAAAGUGACAGUAUUUCUCUGGAUUCAGCUCAAGCUAGGUGAGGGGACCCUAACCUCCCCUCUGCCAGAUAGACUUUGGUUUAUAUUUAUCCCCGAGUGCAAAUACCUCAUGUUCUGGGUAGGAAUACCUAGAGAUAUAAUCUAGGGUCAGUUGAUAAAAAUACUAAAGAGAUUGAUUGUUUCAUUUUACAGGAACUUUCAAAUCUUCUGAAGUUUAUUGCCUAAAAAUUCUGUGUGAGUCAUCCUCCUUAAGGAUCAUUUCACCUCUUUGGCCUGUGAAACCAUUUGAAGCAUUCUUAAUGUGUUAAAUCCAUUUUCAUUCAGGUUUCCAAAGCUGUAUUUUUUGGUCUGUAGUGAGUUUAGAUUUAUUUUUGUUUUGUGUCCUGAUUCUCCAGUAUUUGCACGUGACUGUCGGUGCUCCUUUAUAGGAUGAGAAGAGACCUGCUGAGUAGGAACAGGAAUGACCAGUUCCAUAAGGAAAUUACAGAGCAAAAGUCCUCACUUCUUUUUCCGGCUUUUCUUUUGCUUUCCACGUACGAAAUUACAGCAGAGGCUGAACAUGUUCCGCAUUCCUCUGGUCUAGCACAUGUGCUAGAAUGACCACAUGGCACUCCUGAUUGAAGCUCCGCUGGGUCUUUUUAACUGUUCGUGAAUUUGAAUAAUGAUGCCUACUUUUUCCAGUUUCUGGAAUAGUCUCAGCCAUGGAUCUGAAGUUUCAGGACUUCUGUCUACAAGAUCAAGAUACUUUUCUGUGCUUCCAAAAUAGACACAUUUUUUCUUCUAAAAAUCACAUCAAUAUUUUGAACCGGUAAGAAUGCCGGGAAUAUUACAUGGACUCGGCAUCAGCAUGUCAUUAACUGUCCCAUGUGACACCUGGUUUUCAAAAACGGUGAAUGAUAGGAACUUAGAACUUCUAUGUUAUUUUUUAAAGAUAUGUGAUUUCUAAAAUAAACUUUUUGUAUAUAAUGGUAA